AUGGUUUCCCACGGGAUAUUGGGUUCGCUUCUCUUUACAAUCUUUGUGAUUGGAAAAUGUUCUGCUGUGACCAGUGAAUUUACUAACUUCCUCAACGGAAUUUCGAAUGCACAGUCAUUGACGCCUGAGCAGAAACUGAACAUUCAGAAUUUAAGAACAGACACAAAUGGACAAGUGCAUCUUUACCCAGACUGCAAGGCAUUAAACCGAUUUGGAAAUAAGCCCAGUGGCAUGUACGUUAUUAAACCCAAAAACAAUUCACCUGUGUUGGUCUACUGCGAUAUGAAAACUGAAGAUGGUGGUUGGAUUCUGGUGCAGAAGGUCAAGAAAGGCAAUAAUUUACCCUUCCCAACAACAUGGAAACAGUACGAAAAUACCUUUGGUGAUUUUAAUAACAACUACUGGCUUGGAAAUAUAUACCUUCAUCAACUCACACAGGAACAGCGCUAUGACGUGAAAUUUGUUCUGCAGGGUGGUAAUGAAACUGUGAAUAUUGAUUUUGACAGCUUUAAUAUUGAUGGGGAAGAUAAUAAUUAUGCACUAAGGUUGGGGGCUCCCCUCAAUGAUUCUGACCAUCAUAAACAAUUGCUCAAAAAUGAUAACAUGAUGUUUUCUACUGAAGAUAUGGACAAUGACAGAGAUUCCACAAAGAAUUGUGCAAAGUUAUAUGGAGGGGGAUGGUGGUUCAAUGAUUGCACAUCUGUCAUGUUCAAUAGCCAGCACAUUGUAUGGAUGCUAAUCAUGAAUUUCCAAAAGCAGUUGCUGGCUUUCACAGUUAUGAUACUGUCUGCCCAAAGCUUCACUGAUGCGGCUGCAACUCUUAUGACCUACGAAGGCCUGAAACUUAAAGUGGCUAAUGCUGCUAUGGUGCCUCAACAAAAAGUAAAUGACAUUGUAAAUGUGAAGGAUCUGCUUUUGAGAAAAGCAAAAUAUGCGAAGGACUGCAAUGAACUCUUACGACAAGGUUUCACAACGAAUGGCCUCUAUGUCAUUAAGCCAGAAUCAACCCAAAAAACACCCUUAAUUGUGGUGAACUGUGUAAUGAAUUACGACUGUGGUGGAUGGACUGUGUUAGAGCACAAAAGCAAACAAAGCGAACUAACCUGGAAUGAAACUUGGACCACAUACAAGUAUGGGUUUGGGAAUGUUCUGGGUGACCAUUAUCUUGGCAAUGAGUACAUUUAUUUCCUAACCAAUCAAAUGUGGUAUAAAGCAAAAGUACUUUUGGGUCAGGCGGACAAAAACGGAGAACUUAAAUGGAAACAUGCAGAGUAUGACAUUUUCCGGGUUGGUUCAGAGAUGACUAACUACACACUACAUCUUGGUGCAUUUAGUGGUAAAAUUCCGGAUGCUUUGUCUGUUCCUGAAAACAUGGUUGAUAAUUGUCCUUUUAGUACAAGGGAUAGGGAUUCGGAUUCAGAUUCGGUGAAUUGUGCACAGAAGUAUGGUGGUGGAUGGUGGUUUAAUACUUGUCCUUCUGCAACCCCCUUUGCCAUGUUGACCCAAAAAGAAUCAAUUUACUGGGAACCUUAUUGCAAGGACUGCACGAGUGUCACUUUCAUGGUCAGGUCUGUCAAUAUGCAUUGCUAUAAAAGAGAUAUGCUGUCAAGAAUAUGA